AUGGAGAUCUUUUCUAUCUUCCCUUCAUGGCUUCUCCCAACAGUACUUGUCCUCUCCAUGUUCUGGAUCUUUCUCCAUACUCUUAAAUCUAAUAGGUCGUCGAUGGUUGCCCCUAAGCUUCCACCAAACCCUCCAAAGCUUCCAUUUAUUGGGAACAUGCAUCAACUACUAGGCCAAGCUCGUCAUCUAGCCUUUUGGAAACUUUCCCAAGAAUAUGGCCCAGUUAUGCUACUCAAUAUUGGUUCAAAACCUUGCCUAAUAAUCUCUUCUUCUGCCAUGGCCAAACAAGUCCUUAAAGAUCAAGAUCACAUACUUUGUUCCCGUCCAAUAAACAAGACCACCAAGCAACUAACAUACAACUAUGUCGACGCUGCCUUCACGCCUCACAGCAAUCACUGGAGGAAGAUGCGCAAGGUUUUGGUAUCUGAAUUCCUGGGCCCCAAGAGAGCUAGACUGUCUAACCAUGUGUUGUUAACAGAGGCGGUGACUUUUAAGGUGGCGCUUGGCUUGAACUACAGAGAACAACCACUGAAAGCUCCUUCAUUCGAAAUGAUACUUGAUGAAGUCUUGGAAUUAAUGAAUCCAUCGUUCGGUGAUUUUUUUCCAUGGUUAGGUAAAAUAAUUGACCAAAUUAGUGGAAGGAAUCAUAAGCUAGGAAAAGUUUGUCGCAAUCUUGAUGCCUACAUCCAGUCGCACGUUGAUGACCAUCAUCACAAGAUUCAUAUUGGCCAAGUUGAUGAUGAUGACAAGGAUUUUCUUCAUACCUUGCUUGAGUUGUCUUCGAUAGAGAAUGCUUCUGAUGAUGAUCGGUUGACUAAAACAGAAAUCAAAUCUCUUAUAGUGGACAUCUUUACUGGAGGAAUUGAUACAACCGUUGCAACGAUGGUUUGGGCAAUGUCCGAAAUUAUUAGAAAUCCAAGAGUGAUGCAAAAGUUGCAAAGCGAAAUCCGAAAUACCACUGGAAGGAAACAAAAACUAGAUGAAAUUGAUGUCUCAAAAAUGACCUACUUGAAGAUGGUGGUGAAAGAGACAUUAAGAUUGCACCCUCCAGCCGCAUUGUUGCUCCCACAUGAAAGCUUAGGCCGUUGUCAAAUUGGUGGUUAUGACGUCCUUCCAAAUACGAUGGUUUUAAUUAAUGGGUGGGUAAUAGGAAGAGAUCCAAGCACAUGGGGGGAGAAUGCGGCUGAGUUCUACCCAGAAAGGUUUGAGAAUGUUGAGGUGGAUUUCAGAGGUGGAAAUUAUGAUAUGGUUCCCUUUGGAGCGGGAAGAAGAACCUGCCCAGCGGUGAAAACAGCUCCAGCGACUGUUGAGUUCACCAUAGCAAACCUGUUGUAUUGGUAUGAUUGGAAAAUUCCUGGUGAAAUGGAGCACGAAGACUUGGACAUGGUGGAGGAGGGCUCCCUGGUUCUCCAUAGGAAAUUACCACUUUGCCUUAUACCCACUAAACAUAACUGGGAAGACUAGCAUCACUUCCUUCUACAAACGUUGUUCCAAUCAGAAAUCUAGAACUCAUAUAUUUUCUUGACACUUUUAAUUCGACACUGAUAUAGUACAUUACAUGUAAUUCGUGUACAUGCUCACUGAUGUAGUACACG